UCAAGAUGGCGGCAGAUAGUGAGCCCGAGUCCGAGGUGUUUGAGAUCACAGACUUCACCACUGCCUCGGAGUGGGAAAGGUUUAUUUCUAAAGUUGAAGAAGUCUUGAAUGACUGGAAACUGAUUGGAAACUCUCUGGGAAAACCACUUGAAAAGGGUAUAUUUACUUCUGGCACAUGGGAAGAGAAAUCAGAUGAAAUUUCUUUUGCUGACUUCAGGUUUUCAGUCACUCAUCAUUAUCUUAUACAAGAGUCUACUGAUAAAGAAGGAAAGGAUGAAGAAUCAGAGGAUGCUAUUCCACAAUCGAUGCAAGAUUUGCUAUGUAUGAAUAAUGACUUUCCUCCAAGAGCACAUUGCUUGGUAAGAUGGUAUGGCCUUCGUGAGUUUGUGGUGAUUGCUCCUGCUGCACACGGUGAUGCAGUUCUCAGUGAAUCUAAGUGCAACCUCCUUCUUAGUUCUGUUUCUAUUGCUUUGGGAAACACUGGCUGUCAGGUACCACUAUUUGUGCAAAUUCAUCACAAAUGGCGAAGAAUGUAUGUGGGAGAAUGUCAAGGUCCUGGUGUCCGGACUGACUUUGAAAUGGUUCAUCUUCGAAAAGUGCCAAAUCAGUACACUCAUUUGUCAGGCUUGCUGGACAUCUUCAAAUCAAAGAUUGGCUGCCCUUUAACUCCCUUGCCUCCAGUGAGCAUUGCUAUUCGGUUUACCUAUGUUCUUCAGGAUUGGCAGCAGUAUUUUUGGCCUCAGCAGCCUCCAGAUAUAGAUGCUCUUGUGGGAGGAGAAGUUGGAGGACUAGAGUUUGGCAAGUUGCCAUUUGGUGCCUGUGAAGAUCCUAUAAGUGAACUCCAUUUAGCAACAACAUGGCCUCAUCUGACGGAAGGGAUCAUUGUGGACAAUGAUGUUUAUUCUGAUUUGGAUCCUAUUCAAGCUCCCCAUUGGUCUGUUAGAGUUCGAAAAGCUGAUAAUCCCCAGUGUCUGCUAGGUGAUUUUGUCACUGAAUUUUUAAAAAUUUGCCGUCGAAAGGAAUCAACAGAUGAGAUUCUUGGACGAUCUACAUUUGAAGAAGAAGGAAGAGAAGUUGCCGAUAUAACUCAUGCUUUGUCAAAGCUGACAGAGCCAGCACCAGUUCCAAUUCAUAAAUUAUCAGUUUCAAAUAUGGUACACACUGCAAAGAAGAAAAUACGGAAACACAGAGGUGAAGAGUCACCACUGAAUAAUGAUGUCCUCAAUACCAUCCUCUUGUUCUUAUUCCCAGAUGCUGCUUCUGAGAAGCUGUUUGAUGGAACUACUUCAACAGACAAUAAUAAUCCCCCAUCAGAGGGUGAAGACUAUACUCUCUACAAUCAGUUCAAAUCUGCACCCUCCGACAGUUUAACAUACAAACUAGCCUUGUGUCUUUGUAUGAUCAAUUUCUACCAUGGAGGGCUGAAGGGAGUAGCACAUCUCUGGCAAGAAUUUGUUCUUGAAAUGCGCUUCAGAUGGGAAAACAACUUUCUGAUUCCAGGACUAGCAAGUGGACCACCAGAUUUAAGAUGUUGUUUACUACAUCAGAAACUACAGAUGUUAAAUUGUUGUAUUGAAAGAAAGCAAGCACGCGAUGAGGGGAAGAAACCAAGCCCCUCUGAUAAUGUAACUAACACCUAUCCUGGGAAUACUGGAAAAGCUGGGGGUCAGCUGGGCAUGGACCAUCUCAGAGACACAGAGAAGGAGAAGGGAGAGAUGGGGAAAUCCUGGGAUUCCUGGAGUGACAGUGAAGAAGAAUUCUUUGAAUGCCUUAGUGAUACUGAAGAACUUAAGGGAAAUGGGCAAGAGACUGGCAAGAAAGGAGGCCCUAAGGAGACAGCAAACUUAAAGCCAGAAGGACGCCUGCACCAACAUGGGAAGCUCACACUGCUACAUAAUGGAGAGCCUCUCUACAUUCCAGUCACCCAGGAGCCAGCACCUAUGACAGAAGAUCUGCUGGAAGAGCAGUCUGAGGUCUUAGCUAAAUUAGGAACAUCUGCUGAGGGGGCUCACCUCCGCGCACGCAUGCAGAGUGCCUGUCUGCUCUCCGAUAUGGAGUCUUUCAAGGCAGCUAAUCCAGGUUGUUUUCUGGAAGAUUUUGUGAGGUGGUACUCACCCAGGGACUACAUUGAAGAGGAAGUGACUGAUGAAAAGGGCAAUGUGAUUCUGAAGGGAGAGCUGAGUGCCCGCAUGAAGAUCCCCAGCAACAUGUGGGUGGAAGCCUGGGAAACAGCUAAACCAAUCCCAGCCAGACGCCAGAGGAGGCUAUUUGAUGAUACACGAGAAGCCGAAAAGGUGCUUCACUACCUGGCCAUGCAGAAGCCCGCAGACCUCGCUCGGCACCUGCUGCCUUGUGUGAUUCAUGCAGCUGUUCUCAAGGUAAAGGAGGAAGAAUGUCUGGAAAACAUUUCUUCCGUUAAGAAGAUUAUAAAGCAGAUCAUAGCCCAUUCCAGUAAAGUUCUACAUUUCCCCAAUCCUGAAGAUAAGAAAUUGGAAGAAAUCAUCCUUCAGAUUACUAAUGUAGAAGCUAUAAUAGCCAGAGCCCGAUCCCUAAAGGCCAAGUUUGGAACUGAGAAAUGUGAACAAGAAGAAAAGGAAGAUCUGGAAAGGUUUGUCAGCUGCCUGCUAGAGCAGCCUGAAGUGUCAGUCACUGGGGCAGGAAGAGGACACGCUGGCCGCAUCAUCCAUAAGCUGUUUGUGAACGCCCAGCGGGCUGCAGCGGUUGCUCUGCCAGAGGAGGACGUGAAGCGGCCUGGCUGCCCUGAGGAGAGAAGACAGAACUCAGUGUCGGACUUCCCACCUCCUGCAGGCCGGGAGCUCAUCCUGAGGGCCACUGUGCCACGGCCAGCGCCCUACUCCAAAGCCCUGCCACAGCGCAUGUACAGCGUGCUCACUAAGGAAGACUUCAGACUCGCGGGUGCCUUUUCCUCGGAUACCUCCUUCUUCUAGGCUGUGGGAGGGACAGAAGGAAUGAGGGAGCUCCUGCCAGGACGACUUAAGCACCACGAAGAGGGCCUUGCAGAGAAUAGCAGGAGUCACCAGCAUCCAAAGGCGUCUCCAGCACCACACUCACAGGUUUAAGGUGUUGAAAGACUUCUGCCUGGUGGAGCCUCUGUGUUGGGGACACCCCUGUGAUGGUCACCUGUAUGAACACUGGCAGUUUUAUUAGUAUCAUGUACCUGUUCACUCAGAUUCUGGGUAUUUUGCUGGUAGCUUCUAGUCCCAGAGUCUGUUUGUAAUUUUACUCAUGUGACAUGCUGUUUACUCAGUCAUCUGGUGAUCAGCUUUAUUAUGCUAAUUAACUUUGAUGAACAUUUGCAAUAUUCUAGGAGAAAGCCUAGAAUUUCAGUUUGUUUUUCCAGGUAAUCAAAUGUUUUUUGGGUUGUUUUUUUUUUUUUUUUUUUUU